AUGUCAUCCGUUAGCAUUUUCGGUCUCGGAGCCAUGGGCACAGCCCUGGCGUCUCGGUUCCUCGAAGAGAAGUACAAGGUCGCUGUAUGGAAUCGAUCUCCAGAAAAAGCAAGCUCUUUGCUCGAAAAGGGUGCAACACUUUCCUAUACUGCAGUGGAUGGCAUCAACGCAAGCGAUCUGAUCAUCAUCUGUCUCCUCGAUAACGCCGCCGUAGAAGCAACUCUCGCCGGCGCUCUUGACCACCUCCACGGCAAGACAAUCAUCAACCUCACAAACGGAACGCCUGACCAAGCUCGGAGAUUAUCAGACCGUUUCGUCAGUCACGGCGCUCGAUACGUCCACGGCGGAAUCAUGGCCACCCCGUCCAUGAUCGGUUCGCCUCAUGCCCUUGUCCUGUACAGCGGGUCACCGGAUGCAUUCAAGGCCGCCGAGGCCGACCUGUCAGUGCUAGCCAAGUGCGUCUUCCUAGGCGAAGAUGCAGGCUCUGCGUCGCUGCAUGACCUGGCUCUGCUCAGCGGCAUGUACGGUCUCUUCUCAGGCUUCCUGCAUGCAACCGCUCUCGUGAGGUCGAGCACGCCCGCGGUCAAGUUCGUGGACCUCCUGGUUCCAUGGCUGGGGGCAAUGACCGAAUACACCAAAGGGAUGGCAAGGCAGAUUGAUGAGGGGAAUUACGCCAGCGAAGGAUCGAAUCUCGGUAUGCAAUUGGUUGCUAUUCAGAAUAUUAUCGACGCCAGUGCGGCACAGAAAGUCUCUGCGGAUUUUAUUCGGCCCAUGAAGGAAUUUAUGGGGGAGGCAGUGGCGGCUGGCCAUGGUGGUGACGAUAUUUCUUCCUUGAUUGAUUUUGUGAAGUCAGCAUGA